AUGAAGAGGGAGCAGUGGACCCCGAGUCGACAUCAGUAUCUGUGCAGUGAGCACUUUACAGCGGAUUGCUUCGAUAUUCGAUGGGGAAUCCGGUACCUGAAGAAUACAGCCAUCCCCACCAUUUUUCCUUCUAGUGAAGAUGACGUUGAGAAGCAAACAACAAACCUGAAAAGAAGUCUCAAGGCUAAAACCAGCAUUUCACUGGGUGAUCCAGAGCUUGCAACAUUCGACUCUCCUGCCAGUAAAAAAAGGCCACUCAUUUUGAGCAAAACAGGCAGAAAGUCCCAGUCAGCAGUGAUAAACAAUAUUUCUGGGGAGCGCACAGAGAUGGGAUUUGAACCUGCGGUGUUGGACUCUCAUUUAAAACGUUCUGAGAUACAGACUGCUGCUUGUGAGAAACCACUUGAUGGUAAAACGGCAGCACAGUCUCCAAGCGGGGAACUCUGUUCUGAAGAGCAGGCCGAGUCAGCUGUGACUGUAUUGUGCUGUGAGCCAGGUUCAUUCUCUGAUGCAGGGACAAACAUUGAUGGAGAUGCAUUCCAGGCAGUGCUGGGUCAGGCUUUUAGCUUUGUCCCCAUGGAACUGGUCAAGGACAAAACCACAGGCUGUUUUUUAGCAGAGAGCGGACCCACUGAUGAAGAGAAGGUUUCUGUUUUUGAGCAUUCGUACUGCAGACCGGAUACUGACAAAGAUGAGCUCUGGAGGAAGAUCUUGAGUUUGCACGCAAAGAUCUUAGAACUGGAUCGCAGGGAGGAGAGCACGGUGGCUAAGAUCCGUGCCCUGGAGAACGAGAUAGCCCUCCUGAAGAGGGAUGGUGCUGUUUUUAAAGAGAAGCAGAAAGUUUUAGAAGAGUGUAUAUCAUCUGUGCUGGUCUGA